CUCUGAAAAUGCCUCAGGGAAGGCGUCCCAGUGCAACAAAAAUGUCAAAGCAGAAGCUGGAAAAGGAAAAGAAUUACUGGCUGCUGAAAACAGAGCCAGGGGAAUGGUCAUGGGAGGAUCAGGCGGCCAACGGCGGCGUAUCCAAAUGGGACGGCGUCAAGAACAAACAAGCCCAGAAGAACAUGAAAUCCAUGAGGGCCGGAGACUAUUGCUUUUUCUAUCACUCCGGCGCCAAAGCACGGCGCGUGGUCGGCGUAGUCGCCGUGAUCCGUGAGUGGUACGGCGAAGAUACCGACGAGGGCCCGGCGGUGGAUGUGAAAGAGGUCGGGGAAAUGAGGAGGCACGUGGACUUGGCGGAGAUGAAGAAAGAAGCUGGGCUUGAGGGUUUUGGUCUUCUGAAGCAGCCUCGGCUGUCGGUGGUGCCGGUGGAGAACGGCGUUUGGGAAAGGGUGUGUGAGAUGGGCGGUGGGUUCGAGGGUGACGGUGGCGCUGGUCAGGAUGAUGCUGCUUAAGUGUUGGAUUAUUCCUUUUAUGUUGUAGUUUAAGUUUUUGUAGAAAUGCCGAUAAGAAGAAUUGUGGGUUUUUGUGAUUUUGUGGUUUCGGGGAAUAGCCUGGCCGGAACAUUAUUUUUGGGAAGUCUGCAGACGGUGGGAUAACCUGGGUCUAAUUAGCGUACCACACAUGAUUAUAGCUGCGGAAUCGAGGCUUGAAUGUGAUGCAACCCAUACUUAGUUAAUGAAAUGAAUUAUGCAACAUUGUUGGUGCUAUUUUAUUUUCUCUUUUGAAGUUUUAUGCUCCUCAACAGAAUAAUUGGGAGGAAAAGAGAGGCU